ACAGGGCCAGGGCAGCCAAGCAGGAUGAGUGCAGCCCCGGGCACCUCCCGUGCCCCCCAGCCGCUGCUGCUCCGCUUCCCCGAUGGGGCAGGGGGACCUGGGGGCACGGGGGGCUAUGCCCCAUGUCCUUGUCCCUGUCCCUGCCCGGGGGUCCCACGGAAGCGGCGUCGGACCACCUUCAGCCGGGGGCAGCUCUCGGAGCUGGAGAGGGCAUUCGCUGCCAUCCCCUACCCGGACAUCGCCACCCGCGAGCGCCUGGCUGAGCUCACCCAGCUGCCCGAGGCCAAGAUCCAGGUCUGGUUCCAGAACCGCCGCGCCCGCAGGAUCCGCAGCACCAAACCAGAGCCACCGCCGCUACCACCACCACCACCGCCUGGGGAGCGGGGUCCCCCCGCGGCACCUCCUGACAGCACCAUCCCGACCCCGGCUCCCACCCUGCCCGCGCCGGGAGCCCGCAGCCCCGCUCGCGGCAUCCCCACCUCGCUGGGCUCCAUCUCCGACCUCAUCUACAGCGCAGCCAUCACCAACCUGGGCGAGCCAUAGUGGGGACCCCCUGGGAGCCCCCCCGCACCAAGACCCCACCGGCUUAGCUCUGCGAUUUCAUUAGGGUGUGGAAUUACCGCUGGUUCCAAAGGUCCCGAGGAUGUCAUCCAAUAUUCUGAAUGCCGCGGCGGCCGUGGCGGGGCCAGCUCCCCAUCAGCCCCCUAAUGCCGACUAAUCUUUUGGACAAAAUACCUUAAUCUGAGGCCGUAUCCAGGGAUGAUUGCGGCGCGGCCGCCCCUAAUCCGCAGGCACGUUCGCAGGUGCCGGCAGAUUUCCCCGUAUCGGAUAUUAAAGCGUGUUCGCAGAGGGGCUUAGCUGCCAUCAGAGCAUUAAUCACGGUGUCCCGCCCUGGCAGGGUGCCCACCUGGCAGGUGUCCGGGUCCAAGGGGCCAGCGGUGCCACCAUCCCCUCUCCACCACGGGGCCGUGGUGGCACCCAGCUGGCUCCGCUCUCUGUCCUGUAGCACCCAGGAAGCCCCCGGGCUCUGUUUUGAGCUGCUUCCCACAUGGAAGCCGGGCAUGGUUUGAGGUAGAGCUACAUGCCACUCGCUGCCCUGCCCACCUGCACCCCGUGGCAUGGGCUGGCAGCGAUGGAUCAUGCUCCUUCCCGAGGCACCAAUGGGGUCAGGGGAUGCAGAUGAUACAGAGCUGCUGCAGGCAAAGCCGAGCUGGGUGCCAGCCCCAACGUGGCUGUGCAAGGUGCCACUGUCCUCCUGAACUGGAGGGGGAAAGAGCCCGCACCAAACAUGAGCUGGGUUGGGAAUA